AUGUCUUCGGCUUUCUACUCCUCGUCGAUCCCGGAUGGGACCACCUCUACGAUCUACGAAACAGCCCCACAACGCGUCUAUCAGAUGCCCGAACUCCUUCAUAUCAUUGUACAUUUUCUGGAAAUGGAAAAACAGGACCUCGUCAACCUCGCAUUGGCAGCCAAAGAAGGCUUUCCCGUUCCUGCUUCGGAACUGUACGCUCGCUCCAGCCAUCAAUGUCUUUCCAGCUUGUUCGACCAAGGUUGCAAUUCAGAUCGCUUUGCGAUAUACAUCAAAGGAGUACGCGACCUGGAGAUACCUACAAUCGACACUGCCGAUCAAGAUCGGCCGGUUUUGGAUCUUCCUCGAUGGUUAGGUCAAUACCCUGGAUUGAGAAGAAUACGCAUGAGGUUGAAUGGAGGGAACCUCUAUUCGGUCGAUCAAUAUCAUUAUCAAGGACGGGUUGUUAAAGUCGAGGGCUUUAGGACCCCACAACUUGGGCAGGGCAAUAUCUUGGCUGCCGAUCAACCACCCUUCAAAUUGCUAGGUUAUCCCGCAGUCACAUGGCUAGGAUGCCUCGAGCUCUGGACCCGAGAACUUCCGCCGUCUGAUUUGCCGCUGGUACUCGAUAGCAUCGUCAAGGACCUCGAACUACGAUCGACGCUUCGACCUUCUCUUUGGAGUAAACUUCGCACGCUGGACUUGAAGGGGCUAAACCUGCCGCUACCAAGUCUCGAGGUAUUGCUUGGCGGAUGUCCCAACCUAGCCAGGCUAUCGUGCACCUUAUCUUGCUCAGGUAGCGACGCGGCCAGAUAUAUGACUACCCUGACCGAUAUACUUCGAAGAUCAGGACCGAGCUUGACUCGUCUCAGCUGCAAAACGAAAGGGGCCUGUGUGCUCAUGUUCGCUCGACACCUCGGAGUUAUUCCUGAACUAAUAGUAAAUGGGACUCUGUGGUGGGCCAGAACUAAGGUAAUGGCGGAGAAUGGCUUGCGCAUCGCAGAGCCCGUACCAUUGAAAGAUGCGAAGGUCGGUUGCGUCCAUUUGCUUCUACGCAUGCCAAGAGGAUGGCUGCAGCAAUCGACCCAUGAGAUCCCCGUACCUCACGAAGUCGCCCAGUACAUCCGGAACAUCUUCCCGCCAAGUGCCUAUAUCGAUGUUUACGGUGCAGACUCGGAUAGUGGUUUGACCAGUCACGAAAACCUAUGGACAGAGAUCCUUCGGGUGACUGUGAGAUCGUUGGAGGCAAAAGAUCACGAGAAAACGGGGGCAGAAAGCGCAGCAGUGAUGGCGGUGUCGUGA